GGGGCCCACAGGCCCCACGCCGGAAGUGGUGCAAGGGAAAAGUUGGCGAAAUGUGGCUGUAAAGAAAUGAAACGAAGAGCUCCUACUCUGUCCUUUUUCAAGAACCGCGAAGCAGUCUUUGUGUAUGCGGCUAACGCGUUUUUACCGCAAUACGCAUGGAUAUUAUCCUACAACGAGAUUGGUAAGAUGAUCAAAUAAAAAUUCCAAAUAUCAAACACCCGAUUAAAGAGAAUGCAGCGUUUUCUCGUCAGGAUUUAGGAUCUUUCAGGUUGAACAGAUUCAGUUCCAGGUUGAGUCGUUGCUCCGCAUAGACGAUCUUUGUGCAGCUCCAGCUGCUGCGGCGGAGCAGCAGCCUCGAGGGGAGGAAGCGUGAAGCCUACAGCUGUCCGGGGGGGGGGGGGGGACAGCAGCCCGAGACCCCACCGCUGGAAUCAACCAGGGGAAGUGUCUGAGACCCAGGAGGGGCUUUCCUCCGGGUCUCCUGCCCGCGCCAAGAGACCGACAACCAGCAGAGACGAUGUGGCUGAACCCGGAGGAGGUCCUGCUGAAGAACGCUCUGAAGCUCUGGGUGACGGAGAGGAGCAACGACUUCUUCCUCCUGCAGAGGAGGAGAGGACACGGGGAGCCCGCGGGACGCAUCUCAGGUCUGCUGGUCGGCGCUCUGGACUCGGUGCUGGACUCCAACGCCCGGGUCUCCCCCUUCAGAAUCCUCCUCCAGGUCCCCGGGUCCCAGGUCAGCUGGGUCAUCGCCAACGGGGCCGCCGCGGAGGAGGUGAGGAGGCACUGGGACUGGCUGGUCCACAACCUGCUGCGCUCCCUCUGCGUGUUCGAGAACAAGGAGGACGUGGCGAGCUUCGUCAGAGGGAAAGUCAGGGGCCUCAUCGCGGAGGAGGUUCGGAGCCGGCAGGCCGCCCAGGAGGAGGAGCCGGAGAAGUUCAGGGAGGCGCUGGUGAAGUUCGAGCUGCACUUCGGCCUCCCCUCGUCGGAGAAGCUGGUGACGUACUACUCGUGCUGCUGCUGGAAGGGCCGGGUGCCGCGGCAGGGCUUCCUCUACCUCAGCAUCAACCACGCCGCCUUCUACUCCUUCCUGCUGGGGAAGGAAGUAAAGUUGGUGAUUCCCUGGGCGGAGGUGACGUGGUUGGAGCGGGUCUCCGGCGGUCUGAUGACGGACGCCGUCCGCAUCAGCACGCGCCACCGGCAGAGGGAGUUCUCCAUGUUCCUGAACCCGGACGAGGCCUUCGGGGUCAUAGGUCAGCUGGCUGACAUCGCCCUCAGGAGGCUGCUGGACAGCGAGGGCCUGGAGGUGGACCGAGUCCUGCAGCAGCCCGCCCGCAUCACCAAGAGGGUCCUGGAGGAGCAGGCGCUGAGGGAGUACGUCCUGGCCCUGUUCAGGCUCCCUCGCAGCGAGCGUCUCCACGAGGUGGCCCCGUGCUCGGUGUGGACCCCCCACGCCCGCUGCCACACGGCCGGGACCCUCUACGCCACCGACGGAUACCUGUGCUUCUCCAGCCGGGAGGAGGCCGUCUGCAUGCUGCUCAUCCCGCUGUCCGAGGUGUUGUCCAUAGAGAAGGCGGAGAGCACCGCCCUGCUCCCCAACCCCGUCAUCGUCAGCCUGCGCACCAAGAAGGCCUUCCAGCUGAUCGAGCUGCCGGCCCGGGACCAGCUGGUGGAGAACGUGGGCUCCAGACUGAGGGCGCUGCAGUGGAAGAAGUCUGCGUUCCGCAGCCGGAGGGACGGCAAGAGGAGCGCGAGCGCCCCCACCCCUUACUACACCUUCUGCUACGACACCGCCCCCGCCGACGAGGACGAGAUGGAGGAGCAGGUUCUGCGCAACACCGUCAACAGCGAGGCCCUGAUGACGGCGUUCCACCAGAACCAGCGCGGAAGCGACGGCACGCAGAGGGCGGAGCGGGAGAAGGAGCGGCGGUGGGAGGAGCAUUUCUCGGAGUUCGGUCGCGGCGUCCACAUGUUCCGCACGGACAAGAUGCACCGGCUCGUUGCCAUGGGGAUACCGGAGUCGCUGCGGGGGGAGCUGUGGAUGACCCUCUCGGACGCGUGCUCGGAGGUGGAGGCCCACCAGGGUUACUACGCCAGCGUGGUGCAGAAGUCGAUGGGCCACAGCAGCUUGGCCACGGAGGAGAUCGAGCGAGACCUCCACCGCUCGCUGCCGGACCACCCGGCCUUCCAGAACCCCACCGGCAUCGCCGCGCUGAGGCGCGUCCUCACCGCCUACGCCCACCGCAACCCCAAGAUCGGAUACUGUCAGUCGAUGAACAUCCUGGCCUCGGUGCUGCUCCUCUACACCAAAGAAGAAGAAGCCUUCUGGCUGCUGGUGGCCGUUUGUGAGAGGAUGCUGCCGGACUACUUCAACCGCAGGGUCAUAGGCGCCCAGGUGGACCAGUCCGUCUUCGAGCAGCUGAUCCGGGAGCGUCUGCCGGAGCUGGCGGAGCGCGUGCCGGACGUCUCCGCCCUCUCCUCCGUCUCCCUCUCCUGGUUCCUCACGCUCUUCCUCAGCGUGCUGCCCUUCCUCAGCGCCGUGCGCGUGGUCGACUGCUUCUUCCUCCACGGCAUCAACGCCAUCUUCCGCCUGGGCCUGACGGCGCUGGAGGCCAACGCCGCGCUGCUCUCCGCCUGCACGGACGACGGCCAGGCGCUUAUGAUCCUCGCCAGUUUUCUGGACCAGGUGGGAAGCGAAGAGUCGCCAUGUCCUCCGUCCUCGCCGCCUGCUGCCGCCGAGGACGCAAGCACCACCCAUAACAGCAGCAGCAUCGGCGACGCCCCCGCUGUGAGACACACAAACAUCACCGACCUCAUCAACGAGUCCCACGAGCGAUUCGGAGACCUCACGGUGCGGCAGGUGGAGGGUCUGCGGUGCCGCCACCGGAUCCGAGUGCUGCAGGCGCACGAGGACACAACCAAGGACAACGCCCUGAGGUUGGUGACUCCAGAUGUCUCCAUCUCUGCAGAGACCCUGUCCGCCGUCUACGACCUCUUCAAGACGGAGCACUUCAUCAGCCUGUACUGGGGCGACGGCAGCUCGGCGGCGGCUGCGGAGGCGGCGGCGUGGCGACCCGGCGACUCGUGCCGCUCCCACGUGGAGCGCCAGUACCGGCUGGACCGGCCUCAGUUCAAGAGCCUCUACGGGCUGCUGGCGCCGUGGCCCGGCGACGCCCACCAGCACGUCGACACGCUGGCCAACCGCACCUUCACCCUCCUGGACCAGGACGGGGACAACCUGGUGACCUUCAGGGAGUUCACGGGCUGGCUGGACACGUUGUACUGUGAGGAGCUGAAUGAGAAGAUACGGCUGCUGUAUCGUCUGCACAUCCCACCAGCUCUGACUGAGAGCGAGGACGACCCGUCCCUGAUGAAGAGCCCCCCGAUGUCCACCAACAGACUCCGUGUGACCCUGCCCUCUGGUGCUGCAGCAGAAGAGCCGGACUACCUGGAGCAGCUGAAGCAGAUGCUGAAGGACCUGGGGAGGGAGAGGGAGAAGGACGUGGAGAAGCCUGUGCCGCUCAUGAACCAGAGCCAGUUCAUCCAGUUCUGUAAGACACUCUACAGCAUGUUCCACGGCGACCCCGAGGAGAGCGAGCUCUUCCAGGCCAUCGCCCACGUGACCAGCCUCGUGCUGCAGAUCGGCGAGGCCGGACACCGCGGCUCGGGGUCAGAGGUCGCCCGAGACGACGGCGAGUGGACGGUGAGCUUCGCGCAGAUCGUUGCGUCGCUGCUCACCGAACAGACGCUGGUGAACUUCUUCGAGAAGCCCGUGGAUCUGAGCGCCAAGGUGGCGGCGGCCAAAGAGAAGCAGUACCACCAGAGGGCGGGUCUGCUGAGUCUGCAGCGAGCGCCCAGGUGAGCUCGCCAGGUGAGCUCGCCAGGUGACCUCGCUCUCCCUCUGAGACCCAACGUCAGCGUGACGGAGAGAAAGCUUCACGUGACUCGCGACACAAAGGAGGUUUAUUUUUCCCCCAAAAAGACAUUUUAAGCCAAAAAGUCAUUGAAGGAAACGAUGGUCGUUUUCUUUGAAGCUGGAGAAACUCUGGAUGUGAUCAUCUGACGUCUAAAUGACGAAAGAAAAAUGUGUUUUAUAAGCUGUGACUAACAACUCUAUUAAAGCUGGUUGAAUGACUUUUAUAACUAACUAUACUUAAGCCGUAAAAACCUUCCGGGUUCUGAAGCUUCUCUGGUGACUCAUUCAUAAGGUCAUUGACAACGAGUGAACGGUAGCGUCUGAUUUGAUGACCUAUAAACAUCAUAAACAGCCAAAGUUGGUAAAUAAUCUGUGAUAAAAAUUGAGAUUUAAAUGCUGUUAUUAUAAUCAAAACACGCCUUUGAUUGUAAUAAAUGAAUAUGGAUGGAAAUCAAAGGUCAAAUUAAUGUUGUACUGGAGAAGAUAGUUGAGAUCUGGCAACCCAAAAAAUGUGUUUUUGUCCUUGUUUAUACUGAUGAAGAUGUUGAUUCCAACUCACCGUGUGAAACAGUUAUUAUUAUUAGUAUUAUUAUUAUCAUAGAAGCUUGAAGUUGAAGAGAUGAAGCGACAAAUCCACACUGCAGAUCAUUUCCACUGAUUUUGUUUAAUUUUCUUUAAUAUCUAAUGGUUUCAAAUGUACCAAAUGUAAAAUAAAUUAUAUUUUUUAAAUGAUUUGAGAAAAUAAUCUAGAAUUACAGAUCUUUGAGAAAAAGACCACAGCUGGAAUUCCACUUUGAAAUAAAAUACAUUGUUUAAAGAA